CUUGCCUCUUGAUAGAGUAUUUGCUCGAAUACCUGAGGCCCAUCUAUGCUACAAUGUCGACUCCCGAAGAAACUCGGAACCAGAUCGAGGCAGACCCCGAUGUUGUCGAAGCUGGUGAUGAUGACUCGGCCAUCGACUCAGAAAGUCGUCAUGAGUCAACCGGCUCCAUCACCUCAAGUAUUCUAGAGUACCGAAACAUCCGAGGCCGAACAUACCAGUCUUCCAAGACUACCGAGUAUUGGGCCCCAAACGACGACAAGCACUUGGAGGGUUUUGAAGUCGCGCACGCAUGGAUGACAAUGAUGCUAAAUGAUAAGCUGUUCCUCGCACCGAUUGGCGAAAACCCCGAGCGCAUUCUUGAUGUUGGAACUGGGUCAGGUAUUUGGGCCAUCGACGUCGCAGAUGAAUAUCCCUCCGCCGAGGUGAUCGGGACCGAUAUUUCGCCCACCCAGCCAGGCUGGGUGCCGCCAAACCUGAGCUUCCAAAUCGAUGAUGCUCAGCUGAACUGGACUUUUGAGCCUGAAUCAUUUGACUUCAUUCAUGUGCGAUAUAUGCAGGGCGCCAUCGAUGAUUGGCCCAAGUUCUACCGCCAAAUGUUCCAGUUCCUCAAGCCCGGCGGUUGGUUCCAGCAUAUGGAGCCUGAUAUCGAGUUGCGCAGUGACAAUCCCGACGUGAAGGUUGACGAGAAGCACAUCUUUCAGCGAUGGGCUCAGUUAUUCUACGACGCCGGUGACAAGCUGGGACGCACCUUCAAGUUCUCCGACGACAGCAUAGAUAGGUGGGCAACCGAGGCCGGUUUUACCGGCAUCACCCAUAAGAAGUUCAAGAUACCGUAUGGGGACUGGGCCAAAGACAAGAAGCUCAAAGAGCUGGGCAGCUUUACUGGUUUCUACCUUGACUUGAGCCUGGACGGGUUUGCCGUCUAUCCGAUCGGCCAGAUACUCGGCUGGAGCUUCGACGAGGUGCAGGUUCUUGUCGCCCAGAUGCGUGCUGCAGUCCGGAACCCCAAGAAUCUUACCAACGGUGACAUGCACCUGGUUUACGGCCAAAAGCCAAAGAGGCCUGGACAGACAGCCUCAGCGGAUGAGGAAGCAACACAGUCGCCAGCGGCGUGAAACGUCAUUCAUUUCAGUGCUGGUAGAUAUGGGGACGAUCCUGGAAUAGUUGAUGCACUUCUUGAGGUCCCUGAAACACUUGUUAGACUUAUGCCAAGGUCUAUUGUCCCUCAUAGACUGGUUGUAUUCUAGCCAGAGACAGCAACCUUUCAAUCUACAGGAUGACUGAGACUCAUUCAUUAUCCAGCCAUAGAG